AACCUAAUUUAGGUAGUGCCUAUAAAAUUGUUACAGCUAGCAGUAGCGUAAGAUGACGAGGUAGGAUGGCGGCUUUGUUACAGUAAUGAUCUGAGAGAAGCAGAGCAGCUCAUGUGCCUUACAGACCAACUCAGGGUAUUAUAACUAAGCUAUAAGUACAAGUUAAAUCAGCGAUUCAUUCUGUGCAAGCAUGCUCAUCUGUCUGCAACUUGCAGCAUCGUGUUCAAUUUUACAAAUCUGGCUACUUCGACAGAAACAAACGGUGAAACAUGUUCCAAAGUCAGGAGCUACAUUUAAAGACUUCCUCCACACAAUUGGAGCAGCUAACUGAUGGGACCGCAAGGGCCACCCUGCAAUAUUUUCUCAGGUCAGAGUUGAGUUAUAAUAAUCUGACAAGCAAAUGGAGAUUGUGAAGAACACAAAAGCAGAGCUUCUAUCUCCAGCUCCAACGUGCAUCUCACCCACCAACUCUGAAAUGUCUGAAGAUGCGUGGGAUGAGGAGGAAGAACAAGAUGACUUUUACAACCAGAUGGAUGAGAACGGCAUCAUUGGAUUAACACUGGUGGAGGAGACACAGGAACACGAUGAUCACGCAGAAUACAAUCGAAAAUCAUUUGGGGGCCGUGAGGAACCGGAUAUGCCGCCUGAGGAGCUCAAUUGCAUCUUUGAUGAACAUCUUAAAGAUGUGGCUAUACUCUCACCCUAUGGAGCAGAAAGUGAGUGGGGUUUGCCAAGUGGACCAGUCAACAAUAGCAAAGAAGAGUCAGAAAUCAUCAGUGAGCACCAAUUUUUUGAGUCUCCACCCUUGAUAGAAGCUGAUGGAGAUUGCAAACCUCAGUAUGCAACAUACCAGGCUUCCUCUCGUCCGACACUCCCCAUUUUCACUCGCCUGUGCCAUUUAGAGGAAAUGGCUGCUGCUCCGGGAAUCACAAGCGAAACCAUUCCAGAUAUGUUCUUUGCAGACUCAAACAGCCUCAUGACCUGCGAGUCCAGUCUUCACCACCAAGAUAAAUCUGAAAACACGGAACAAGUACUAGGAAAUGAUGCCAUCUCUCUUCAAUCACAAAUGAGGCGUGCAGACUCAAACAGCAUCGUGAGCUGCGAGUCCGGUCUUCACCACCAAGAAAGCUCUGAAAAUGAGGAGCAAAUAGACGGAGAAGAAGAUGUCAUCUCCCCUCAGCAACGAAUGACUAAUCAGGAGACUAGUGAGAAUUCAAAGACCGGUCCUAAAAAAAACACUCCCUCACUGAAGCAAGUGUCACAUCACUGUCGUAAUGCUGUACUUCCAAGGACAAGUGGUCAUAACAAACCAAAGGAAGACUGCUGUCACAUUCCCAGAAGAGCUAAUGAAUCAAGAAAAGCCUAUCCAACUCACUGGGUACCAGAUUUGUCCCAGGUAAAGCCGAGGGUGUCUUUUCCUAAAGGGGAUUACAAGCCACCCAAGAGCAGAUGGUCUUCCAAGAAUCCUCCAAAGUCGCUGACACCAGAGGCCCCUGUUGUCUUUAAAUCUCCUGCUGAGAUUGUGAAAGAAGUUCUAUUGAACACAAAUGACGGACCUCAGCCACCAUUUGACUUUAACGAAAGAACAUCACCUAACGGCACCGUGCCUCAGGAAUUCCGAAGCCAGCAGAAAGCCGGUAUCCUGCUUGAUCAGCUCCAGGAGGACCACGGCAGACUGCUGACUAAGUAUGCAGAGGCAGCGAACACAAUUGACCGCCUGCGGCUGGAAGCCAAGGUUAACCUGUACUCUGACCAACCAACGUCUGCUCAAGUCAUGCCAUCAGGACUGCAUGUAGAGCCUUCAAAGUUCAUGCGGCUGGACUUUCCUCAAGCUCAGAAAGCACAGCCCAGAUCAUUUUCCCUUCAGCCAAGUGGACCCGGCACACACUUAACUUCCUCUGGCCUAUGUUUGUCUGCCUCCAUUUCAAAGAGCUUUGAGUCCCAAAGCGGUCAGAAGGUGGCAAAUACACUUUACGCACAGGCUGACAACUUCCUCCAGCAGCUCCAACAUUAUGAGGACUUGCUGAAGAGCAAUACACCUUUCCAACAGGGUCUUGCAGAACUUUAUCAAGGACUGGACUCCUUGGAGAAAGGCUACCUGUCAGCUAGGAGAGAACACAAAGUCCUACAGGAGCAAGGCGCAGAACACGGCCACUUUGACCCCAAUCGAGAGCUGGAGGAGUUCAUUUACCAGUGUGGGCGGCAUAUGGAUGAGUUGAAGGAGAGGACGGAUCAGAAUUCCCAUGAUGCUGAUUCUGCUCCUGCUCUUUGUCCUCAAGCCCAAAAGUCAUCUCCAUCUGAUAAUUCUCAAGCAGAGAGUCAACAUACACCUUUGUUGCUAGAUUCAGGAGAUCUGACCAAGAAAGAUGUAACGCAAGUUAAUCAGAAUUCUUCCGACUUCAAUAAAAGAUAUGGUCACCAAACUACAGACAUUAACCAGAGUUCAACCGUGCAUCUCACUUAUGCUCCUAAAUGCAGAAGGAGGAAAGAGGUUAGGAAGUCCUACAGCAGCAGUCAGAGCAGUCUCGCAGAAAUAAAUACAUCAGAGAAGAGGAGUGCCAAACCCAAAACUGGGAUUAGGAGGGUGCUUUCUCAGGACGGGGUCAUUUCUCCAGGAACUGACAGCGGUUUUGUUGGUUCUGAGUAUAGUCAUCAGAUUUGGGCUGAAAAUCACAGCUCUUGCCACCAGAGAGCCUCAAAGCGUGUUUCAGGACCUGCCGAAGUGAGCGUUGCGAAGCCUCAGAUAAUCCGAACCUCAACACCAUCUCGUGAUUACUCACAAUCACACAGGCGCCCAUUGGUAGAACCCAGUGAAUAUUUCCAGCAAGAAAUGAGGAGGCCCUAUCCUGGAGAGCGCAAGCAAAGGCAGUGGAUCAGUCAGACAUACUCAAUCAAGACUGAUAGUGAAACCACUCAUACUGCACCUGAGGACUUACAAAGUGAUCAGUAUGAAGAAACCCUGCCCUGUUCCUCUCCAAGCUCCUCCUCCUCCUCUUCUUCCUCCACCUCUGCUGUGCAUCAUCACCAAGGCGACGCUCUUGAAACGCUGAGGUCCAGUCAGGUGGUGACUUGCAAUGAUUCAAGUCAGGCUCUGCAGGCCAAGUCCACCACGCCAGAGCACAAAGGGGAGAAUCCCAUGACAAACCAUCGUACUGUAACUCAUACCACUCAAGACAACUGCACUCGGCAUAGAACUUCACAUCCUCUCAGGUCUCAAGAUCCCUUGAGCGAAAUUAGCGGAUGCAACAGAAAGAAAUGGACAAUUGAUAGGAAUGAGGUGGAGAAGGUGGCGAGACGCACAGCAAGAAAAAGAUUGGCACACCAACAACAAACUCGUGACACAUCAACUGCAACGGAGGAUGUCAAUUCUGCUUGUCGACUUCUGGUGUCAAGAUCGACUCAAACAUCUAUUGCUGUAGCUGACAGCCAACCUUCACACACAAGUGCCCAAGUCCAGCACACAAAGCGGGAUCAUACGGAGUGCUCAGAUGACAAUGAUGGCAGAACAAGCAGAGUUGUUCCUUGCUCUCAGUGUUUUUCACAUACCAAAGUGUCUUUGGAAAAACCAGCAGGUGGCAAUCAAGAGCCAGCCCAGUUCUGUUCCUGUCGUCACUGUCAUCAUUGUGGACAUUCUGAUAUCAAGACAAACAAUGAGAAAGACUGUUGGAAAGACUCAAACACCCCGAGGACCUCCAGUUGCACACGAACAGAGACUCUCAGCCGAGCGCCACCACCUGCUGUGUGCCCGUCAUUGUGUCCUACACCAUUGCUCCUCUAUCUCCAACCUCAACCCAUCCACGUGUGCACCAACAACGCAGGCUCUCCUUCAAAAGUCGGCAAUAGCAACGAGGAGGAGAGGUUGCGACCCGCGUCGUGCCUUGUUCCACAACGCUCUCUAGAUGACGCCCUCCUAGCUGCGAGGAAGAUGAAUGAUAGAUCAAAACGCAUGGUGCGUUCACUGACCGCAGGCCUGCGUUCUCUGGAACGACUGUCCAAGUCCCACUCCAACUCCAACUCUAACUCAGACUGACUAACAGUGUCUCUGCCCAUAGAUCCUGCCUGGAGCAGGUGAUUCAACUUCUCAGCUGAUCUUAAGUUGUUGUCGUUCGAGAACUUCUGUUUCGCUGUUAUAUCAAAUGAUGUGCUGGAAUACCUAAUGGGCAAACUAUCACCAGCCCCCAAAAUAUUUGAUGCUGUGUAAACCAUAGAUAAAUCUCAAUGAGCACAUUUAGCAUCCCAAAACAAUUUACAAUUGUAGACUCGUGGAUCAUGGCUCUCUGUUUGGGGUUUACUAGGCAAUUGGUUCAAUGUUUAUGGACUCAAGCUGACUGAUAUUGUUGCACAAACUGGUUUUCUAAUUAAGCAAUUUAGGGAAAAGGUUGUCCCUCUUGACUUCUGUGUCGGCAGCCCGGGUUUACUUUCCACUCAAAGGAUGGUGUGAAAAUGAGUGUGAAUGCUUGUCUGUGUCUGUAUUGUGAAUGACUGGUCGCCAAUCCUCGGUGUAGUCCAGGGGUGUCAAACUCAUUUUUUUCGCGGGCCGCAUUGUCGUCAUAGCUUCUUUUGGAGGGCCAAUAUGACUGUCAACCCAAAUA